AUGGCCGAAGAGACAGCGACCAAGAAGCUCAAGACUUCCUCCCCCUUGAUCGGCACUCACAGUGGUCAUUUCCACGCCGACGAGGCUUUGGCUGUCUAUCUGUUGCGUCUGCUGCCCACCUACGCUUCCUCGCCGCUCCUCCGUACUCGCGACGCAGCUCAAUUGGAAACAUGCCACACUGUCGUCGAUGUCGGCGGCGUGUAUGAUGCCUCCAUCAACCGCUAUGAUCACCAUCAGCGCACCUUCGACACUGUCUUCCCCCAGCACAAGACCAAGCUCUCCUCCGCCGGUCUCGUCUAUAUGCACUUUGGCCGUGCUAUUAUCGCCCAGCACAUGUCCCUCCCCGAAGACCACGCCGACGUGGACCUCUUGUAUAAGAAGCUCUAUGCUGACUUCAUCGAGGCCAUUGAUGCCAACGACAACGGCAUCUCCGCCUAUGACCAGUCCGCCGUGGCCGCCGCCGGCCUAGAGAAGCGCUUCAAGGACUACGGUGUCACCUUGGCCUCCAUCGUGGGCGACAUGAACAACCCCGACCCUACCAGCCCUCCUGGCGAGCCCCAAGAUGAGGACAGCCUCUUCGGUCGCGCUAGCACCUUGAUCGGCAAGGUUUUCACACGCAAGUUGCACCACGCGGCCAAAUCAUGGCUGCCUGCCCGCACCACCGUCGGCAAUGCCUACGCCUCCCGCACCGAGGUCCACCCCUCGGGCCGCAUCAUGGUGCUGCCCAAGGGCGGUGUGCCCUGGAAGGAGCACCUCUACAACUUUGAGCGUGAGAACUCUGCCGCCGCGGACUCUCAGGUCUACUACGUGUUGUACCCCGAGAGCGCCGCAGAGGACUCCAAGUGGCGUGUGCAAUGCGUGUCUACCUCCGAGAGCAGCUUCGAAUCCCGCAAGCCGCUUCCCGAGGCGUGGCGUGGCGUGCGUGACCAGGACUUGGAUGGUCUGAUUGCCUCGGAGUCUGAGAAGAAUGGACAGGCUAAGCUUCCCGAGGGAGCUAUCUUCGUUCAUGCUAGUGGUUUCAUUGGUGGACACAAGACCAAGGAAGGUGCUAUGGCCAUGGCUGUUCGCAGCCUUGAAUAA